AUGGGUAUCGCUGUCAUCGGCCACGUGCCCGAAGGCUUCCCAAAGUUGGCCUGGCCAAUCAAGACCAGCGAUGAUUGGCAGCUUGCCAAGGAGCUCUUUCCUGGAGCAGUGAUGUUAGCGCUGGUGAACUUCCUUUCGUCCUUUGCCGCUGCCAGAAAGUUCGCUAUGAAGGCAGGAUACCAAGUUGUGGCUGUCAAUGAGCUGCUGGCGCUUGGAGCAGCGAACUUUGGUGGCGCCAUGUGCGGAGCUGUUCCAACACAGAUUGGCCUUAGCCGAAUGGGAAUUGCCAGCUCCAUCGGAGUGCGAAGCCAGCUAGGCGCAAACAUCUUUGUGGCCGUGGUGAUUGCAACUAUACUGUUGCUACUGAGCCCUUACAUCUACUAUGUUCCAAGGUGCGCUUUGAACAUAAUUAUUAUUUUGGGCGCGUCCUCACUUACAGAGUUUGAGCAUGCUGCGUGGCUGUGGUCUCUCCGGGCAACCCGCACUCGUCAGCGAACCUAUGUGGUGGACUAUGCUGUUUGGUGGGUGGCUUUUCUUUUCACACUCUACCUUGGUGCUCUGAAAGGCAUUCUCGGCGCCGUGGUGGUGUCUUUGGUGUUGAUCGUGUACCAAGUAGCCGAUCCACCGCUCACAACCUUGGGCUACUGCGAGUGCCGUGGACGGUGGCUGAAUGUCAAGGAGCGUCUAGACACGGUGCAGCGGCCCGGGAUCUUGUCAUUUCGUCCAGAGGGCCCACUCUUCUAUGCAAACGUUGAACGUAUGGAGGAGUGGUUGGACGAGAUGGAAAUUGCUGCCAACGCCGAGGGUACUCCACUGAAGUCCAUCAUCCUGUCAGCAGCGGCGAUCCCCUUCUUGGAUACUUCUGCCGUGGAAGCUUUGGGGCUGAUGCUCGAAGCAUAUCGCAAGCGCAAGAUUGCAUUUCUGAUUGCUCACGCAUCUGGCCAGCCGCGGCAGAUACUGCUUCAUGUUCUAGGCGACUACAUGCCAGAAGGCUGUCUGACGACCCCUUGGACUGUGGAGGAGUGCGUGCAGUUCCUUCUGAAGCAAAACCAAGAGAACAUGCAGGUUCCGGAGCGAUCCAUCGACUCCUCACCUGCGCUGUCUGCCAUGCUGUCGCCGCAGGCACCUGGUCUGCCGCGGGUGACGUCAAUUCCACAACAACUUGGCGAGGAUGAGGACCCGGACAUCAACGAAGCAGUGGAGGGCAAGCGAUUGCAGAUCCGGCCGCUGCAUACUUCUGCCAGCUUUGCUUCUAGCUCAAACCUCUUGAUGCUCCCUGAGCAGCGUGCGUAA